GCUGCACUUUAGACGCAGUGACGUACCAGGCACGUCACGCGCGAAAUUUGUAAUGUGAGGGAAAAAGAAACACAGAACAGGGUACUAGCAAGUUAACCAAUACAGAAUAUUUAGUCAUCGGAUUUACCUUCCCUGCUUGUUAUAUAUUUUUGGGACUAAACUACCACGAACAUGUCUAAAGCUGGUUAUUCCCCCAGCUUCAAACGACCAGCUGAAAUCCUUCGAAUGCGGAGGAAGAGAGCCCGCAGCGAGGGUGUCAACACUGGAGGCCGAGGUUCAGUCUCCAGCCCCGGUCAGGGAGCCUCCGGAGUGCGGCCGUUCUCACCCGGUCCCCUGUUCAGUGGUCAGGCAGGCUCUGGGGCUGGAGUGAAGCGGAGAAAUCCCUUUGCCAGUAUCGAGAACACGUACAACAGUCCAAAGAAGAGACUGGUCAUUUACAACGACGAGGAUGCAGCAGGCUCCUUGGGCAAGCCUCUAGGCUCGGCAGUGGAGGGGGAAACUUCAACAAAGGCCGAGGCUACUGCAUUUGGAGGCAGUCUGCCUUUUAGCGAACGACUGAUCCUGGCAGAGAAACGAGAACCAGACGUGUCAGUUAAGAAGCAACCUUCACUUUCAGAAGAUGACUCUCUGUUUGAGGAAGAUGAGGACAUGUUCCUAGAGGAGAGAACGCCCAUAUUAAAAAGUCCCCAGGCUGGUGUGGGAAGCUCAAUAGCGCCCCCCGUGUGUGUGGAGUACCCCGCCGACUGGAGCCUGAAAACGCGCCUCCUCUUCACCUCCCCUCUCUCCUUCUCCUGGGCGGAGCAGCCCAAGGCGCAAGAGGAGGCGCAGGGCCUCAGCCAGCACUGCAGGGCAGAGUACAGCGCCCUGCCUCAGAGCAUACAGGACCCGCGGUCGUGUGCGGAGCUACGCAGUGGCUUCCAGCAGUGUCUGCAGUACUGGCAGCACCCCUCCCUGCCCUGGAUGUCCCUGUUCCCCCGCAUAGGAGCCGAGAGGAGCUUCAUGGGGAAGAACAGCCCCUGGGCCCAGGACCCGGCCCUGCAGCAGUGUCUGAUGAGCGAAUGGUCGGUGAGUCUGUCCUCUCUCUACAGCCUGCUGAAGGCCAGACUGUGUCCCUACUUCUACCUGUGCUCCUACCAGUUCACCGCUCUGUUCAGGGCCGCCGGCCUGGGCGGCUCCAGCAGCAUCUCCGCCCUCCUCUCCCCCACCACCAGGGGCCUGCGAGAGGCCAUGAAGGCAGAGGGUAUUGAGUUCACCAUGCCUCUGCUGGAGGAGAGGAGGAGGAGGAGCAAGGAGCCGGCUGGGUCCAGCCAGGACACCCCCAGAGAACAGGAGGAGCACACAGAGCUGUCAGAGGAUAGUGGUAAGGAGGGGCUGGACGAUGAUGAUGAUGAUGAAGAUGAUGGUGGAUUCUCCUGGCUAACAGAGAUGGGGGUGCAGGAUCAAAUCAAGAAACCUGACAACAUCUCCAUCAAACUUCGUAAAGAGCGUGAUGCUGUGUGUCUGGACCACAGGCCAGAGUCUGUGGUGUGUGUGGAGGGAACACACACCUUCACCCUCAUCAACUUCCUCAUCAACUGUAAGAGUGUGGUAGCAGGGGCUGGAUCCCAGGCCGGCCUACCCCCCACACUGCUGGCCCCCACGCCCUUCAAAAGAGCCACGCUCAGAUCCCUGAAGGCACGCAGCGUGAACGUGAAGACCCAGGUGCGUUCUGGGUACCAGGAUGUCUGCAGUCUGGAGGUCACGGGUCCCAUCAUGCCUCACUGCCUCCACGCCGUCACGCGCCUCCUCCGGCCGGCUCAGAGGGGGGGCUUCUCCACAGCCCUCUACACACACGAGCCCACCGCCGUGUUCAACACACACACCGCCACGGAGCCCGUGCAGCAGCCAGUGGAGCUGGGAGGCUGUGGGCUCCACCCCGGCACCGUGCAGCAGCUGCUGGAACCCUCCGUCCUGGGGAAGAGCGCCCUUCGACAGCUCCACAUGAACAGCUACUCCUACUCCUGGAAGGCUUGAGGCACUCGGGCGUGCGUGCGUGCGUUGUGCGCGUGUGAAUAGAAACUGUCCCUGCUUAAUUGCUCAAAAAAUGAAUAAAGUUUCAUUUACACAGCCUGUAUAAAGAGCUGCGGUCUACAGCAAACUGACGGAACUCUUUCAGUUCCCAAAUAACAUUCCUCUGUUUGCUGAUAAUGAGGUGAUAUGGGCUACCUAUUCCUUUUAUCCUGUACCCUAGAAGUUGAUUUCUUGAACCUGUUGUGAGCAAUAUUUUGUUUUAUUUAACUUUUGAUGAAUUGUAUCUGAACUAGCCUAGGGCCUGUUGUAGAAGAAUUUCUGUGAUAUGUAAACGUGAUAUUUUAUGGUAGGCUAUUAAAUGAAAGUUUGUCACAUGAA